GAGGUGCGGGCUGUAAUGCGAUAGCGGCUUCGUUCUGAUGCUAUUUCAUACACGCGUUGCUGCUGCGCUGCUGGAGGACGGAGCGCUCACACUCACCAGACGACUCGGCAGCGAGAGGAGCGAAGGAACAGUGUACUAGCAAAGCCGAGAGCAAGAGACUGUUUUACAAGCUAAAUCGGCUACAAGGGCAGUACUUAAGCGUUUUCCGAUAGAUACAAGGCUAUAGGUUUAUUGUUUGAUCCCUGAGACAAGUGUUUACGCGCAAAAUUAUCUUUUAGAUACCGAUUUCAGCUAUUGUGAUUUUUGACCAAGUAAAUGCGCUGGAGCCUGAAACUCAGAAUUUCUUGUGACUGGGUUUGAAGGCAAGCUUUAUUCGAGAUAGCGGCUCACGGAGUCUCAACCUGGUGGAAUAGAACGUCAUACAACACCUCAAUUUGGACCAAUAAGACACAUGUUAUUUUAUAGCAUUUGAGUCUAAUUUAUCUACUGACUGUCUCUUCGGAACUAACUCUCAUGUUGGGAUUCUGAGAGACUGCGCUCACUAAAAUGCCUCUUUGAAAUUCGUUUUAUUGAAAAAGCGCGAUAUAUAUAACACUGAAAGAAAAUCUAAAGAAGUGUGAAGAGUUGGAAAUCAUAAGCACUUUGGUAAGCCGUGGCCACAAACUGCGAGCUCACGGUGGAUACGCGUGUUACGCGUGAUUGAGGGGACAGUUUUUGGCUUGACACGAGGACUUUGGAGCCCCCACUGCAAGUUACCUUGAAGAACAGAGGGGUGAAACUUCACCCUGCAAAAUGGAUGUAUUAAUAUGGUUGUGUGGAUGUUUAUUCGCGCUUUGUUACCCAGUGGUUAAUGGUGAAGAAGGUGAGCCAUGUGGAGGGCACCUGGAUGCCAGUGACGCUGGCUACAUCACCAGCCCAGGGUACCCUCUGGAGUAUCCACCCCAUCAGAACUGUCGCUGGAUCAUCACGGCUCCAGAGCCCUCCCAGCGCAUCGUCCUCAACUUCAACCCCCACUUUGAGCUGGAGAAGCUGGAGUGCAGGUAUGACUUCAUCGAGAUCCGCGACGGCAACUCGGAGAACGCAGACCUGCUGCUGAAACACUGCAACAACAUUGCUCCCGCUCCCAUCAUCUCCUCCGGCCCAGUCCUCUACAUCAAGUUUGUUUCUGACUACGCCCACCAGCUGGCUGGCUUCUCUCUUCGCUACGAGAUCUACAAGACAGCAUCCUCCCCUCCGGUUCCUCUCCAGGUGUUCCACGCCAACACCGACCCGACAGAGGUGGUUCUGAACCGGAUCCCCCAGCCCGUCCUCGCUCGCUUCGUACGCAUCCGUCCCCAGACCUGGAAGAACGGCAUCGCCCUGCGCUUCGAGCUCUACGGCUGCCAGAUCACCGAUGCCCCUUGUUCAGAGCUCCAGGGCAUGAUGUCGGGACUUCUGCCCGAGUCCCAAAUCUCUGCCUCCUCCAUGAGGGACAUCCAUGGCUCCAUGGGCGCGGCGCGGCUGGUGGCCAGCAGGUCAGGCUGGUUCCCCAGCCCCACGCAGCCCCUGGCUGGGGAGGAGUGGCUGCAGGUGGACCUGGCUGUACCCAGGACGGUGAGUGGCAUCAUCACCCAGGGGGCGCGCAGCGUGGAGGGCAGUACCAGCGCUGAGAACAGGGCCUUUGUCAGGAAGUACAAGCUGGCCCACAGCCUGACGGGCAAGGAGUGGACCUUCAUCCAGGACAUCAAAACUGGCCAUGCCAAGAUUUUCGAGGGAAACAUUCACUACGACACGCCCGAGGUGCGGCGGUUCGAGGAGCUCGUGGCCCAGUUUGUGCGGGUCUACCCAGAGAGGUGGUCUCCUGCUGGGAUCGGCAUGAGGAUGGAGGUGCUGGGGUGCGAACUGCCAGAAUCCACAACUGUACCUGACACGGCCACGCCCACCUUGCCCAGAAUAGAGGACACCACUGCUGCCCUCAGACCAGCAGUGACCAACCCGUCCUCCCAGGGUGGUCUGUGUGACUUUGAGCAGAGUCUGUGUGGCUGGACCACUGACCCCAGGUCUGACCUCAGCUGGUCUGUGCACACGGGCAGCAGCUCUCCUGGAGCUGGAACCAGCCUGGACCUGGCGCUGGCAUCUGACGACGUUGGCAACUUCCUGCGCAUGGACGCGAGCGGCCGUCUGGAGAGGCAGCGAGCCCGGCUGGUGAGCCCAGAAGUGGGGCCUGAACAAGGGCCUCUGUGCCUGCUGUUCUCCUACCAGCUGCAUGGGGAGGCUGAGGGCAGCCUGAGGGUGCUGCUGCAGGACAGUGACCAGGAGGAGACCUUGCUCUGGGCCCUCCGGGGAGACCAGGGCUCGCUCUGGAAAGAGGGCCGCACCAUCCUGCCUCAGUCCCCCAAAGAGUACCAGGUUGUCAUCGAGGGCUUCUUUGAGCAUGGAGGCAGGGGACACAUCUCCGUAGACAACAUCCACAUGAGCUCCACCACUGAGCUGGAACAGUGCACACAACCCUUUGCUGCCUUCCCUCCUGACAUGACUGAUCAGAGACCUGUGGACUUUGGAAAAGACCCGUUCAACGAGGGGAGAGAGCGUGUAAACGGAGGUUUCUCCUUCCCGGAGUGGAGCACGCCCAACCCCUCCCUGGAUCCCCCCGUGACGCGGGUGUCGGAGAAGGACAACUCGUGGCUGUACACGCUGGACCCCAUCCUGGUCACCAUCAUCGUGAUGAGCUCGCUUGGCGUGCUGCUGGGCGCCGUGUGUGCCGGCCUGCUGCUCUACUGCACGUGCUCCUACAGCGGCCUGUCGUCACGCAGCUCCACCACGCUGGAGAACUACAACUUUGAGCUGUACGACGGCAUCAAGCACAAGGUCAAGAUCAACCAGCAGCGGUGCUGCUCCGAGGCCUGAGGGGCGGAACACACACUCACACACACACACACACCACCCGCACACACACUCGACCAACCACCACCUCGGAACCCCUCUGGGUCACCCGGCAAACGCCAACCGGCCUGUUGACCCUCCGGGGGUUUCUCAUUGCCCUCUAACCCCACCCCCUACACCACCUGCCCGCGCCCCCCUGCACCCCGCCUGCCCCCUGUCUCCGUCCCCUCCUCAGCCUGCAGGAGUCCCCUGCUCUAAUUAAGCCUGUCAAUAAACCAGGCUGACUUGCUAAAUGACCCACUACACGGCCUCUGACCUGGACCUGGGCUGAGCCUGGACCCAGACUCGGACCCGUGACCGAGCAGAGACAGGGACCUCAGCUCUAGGCAGUUGGCCGUUUUCGUGGGAUGUGACAGAGAUAUCCAAACAUAUCAAUCUUAAUGCCUAUCCCCCCAAAAAAGGAAAAUAAAACAAAAUAAUUUCUAGAUUUGUAAAGACGACAGGUUUUUGUUUGGUUUAUGGAGGUUAGAUAUGAGUUUUGAGCCUGGAGUGUUUUAGAGUAUUGCUAGCUUUGCCAGCGCUGCGCUUGCGUUUUGUGAACUCAGUGGCAUAGAGGAACUAUCGUGGACUGUUUCUGUUCUGUUUUAGACCCGUGUCUUAACCCCAAAACAGCUUCAGUUUGUAGCGCCCGCCCUGUAGACUGUGUGUGUCAUCUCUAGACCUUCUCUCGUGUGUCCACUCUUACGCUUCAGUUCAUCUCGUCUUUUUAGCAUUAUGGAUGUUUUUGUUACAGACUGUGAGAAGUGUCUUGAAAUGAGUAGAGCUGCGAAAUACAGAAAGAAUACAACUUUAUCGAACAUAUUGGAUACUUAACGGCUGUUUGCGUAAGAUUAGAUUCAGUGUUAGCAUCGUCUUUUUUGGUCUCAUUUGCUAUUUUUUUUACUGUAUGAUCUCAAUCCGCACAGUGCUAUGCUGUGUGACACUGUCAGAACGGUUUUAUUGCAACCUAUGGAUUGCCGAGGGUUGGAGAGAGCCAUGGAGCUAGCUCCACAGGAACUGCAUGUUCUCAAGGGAGAAGGAACUCACUACUGAGAAAGACUGACAAGAUAAAAGAGAGAGAGAGAGAGACAUUGUCCUCUCUCUCUCUCUGUCUCCCUUUUGCAACAUUCCUGAAAUGAACACCCAAACCGCAAAGACAGAAAGGAGGACUAUGGGAGUCUGGGCUGCCCCAGCCUCUCCUGGACACAUUACGGAGCCUUAAGCGUUGAGCUACUGGAGGAGAGCCAUUGAGAAAGUGUUCCUGGACGGGCCUCCACUGGAGGCUAGGAGGAACAGGCCUCACACUGACUUCAUCCUGCUUUUUCCUUUGCGCCAUUCUCUUCUGUUCAUUUUGGCCAUGAAAAUGGAGGUUAAUCACAAACAGGAUUUUUUUUUCUUCUUUUUUUUCUCUUUUUUUCCCAAUCUAGGUCAUGUUGUUUUGAAAUCUGUUGGGCUGCCCAAAAGUAGAGACAAGGAGAGCGAGAGAAAAGAGAAAGAGUAAGAACUGAAUAUCUCUCCAUUCCAUUACCCAACCUCAGCAAGGAGUCUCUCCCCACCAUUCCCCCCCUCCUCUUUCUCUGCUAGUGCAUGCUGGGUAAUCCAUGGUUAUGGACGAGAUGCGCGGGGUGGGGGGGUGUUCUGAGAGUUGAUUAGGAGGUGCUGAAAGAUACUGGGGAGGGAGAGAGGAGGGAGGAGAGGGGGGUUUGAAGUAGAGGUGGAGGUGGCCCAUCCAACUCCCUUUUCAAUGGACUCUAUAGACUGUUUUCCAAGUGCCUUGGGGCUCUCUCUCUCCUUCUCCCUCUCCUCCUCUCUCACACUCUCUCGCCUGAUUUAGCUUUCCUUGGAAGCUGUGAUAGUAUUACCUCUUCAGCCGGGGAGGGGGGGGGGGGCUGGAGGAACUUGACAUGGAGACACCCCGACACUGGCCAGAUAACUCAACUGAUGUUUGUAGACUUUGUACAGAAAUGUUCUUUUUUAAUGUUAUUAUUAUUAUUAUUUAAAUAAAGGAUGAAUAACAUG